AAUGACGAGCGAUAAGUGAUUGCGGGCAGAAAAAAAGGACAGUGCUUCUGUUUCUCCAACAGUCAACUCCUCUUUGGUUUACGGCCACCAUGACAUACGAACGAGUGACAUCGCAAGCCGAGAAUCCAUAUUCCAAACUCAUCCCCGACCAAAAGAUUGCCAUUAUCCCCGAGUUCGGUCUUGAGAGCGGUGGUGUUCUUUACAAUGUGCCGAUAGCCUACAAGACGUAUGGUACCCUGUCGCCCGCCUGCGACAAUGCCAUGGUCAUCUGCCAUGCCUUGACUGGCAGUGCUGAUGUUGGCGAUUGGUGGGGUCCUUUGCUCGGUGGUCCUGGCAAGGCUUUCGACAUGUCGCGCUUCUUCGUCGUCUGUCUGAACAGUCUGGGCAGUCCUUACGGAAGUGCGAGCCCGGUCACGAGCAAGGAUGGCAACUCGCAGAACGAGCACUACGGCCCUGAGUUUCCGUUGACCACUGUCAGAGACGAUGUCAACAUCUUCAAGCUCGUCUUGGACGACCUAGGUGUCAAGCAGAUUGCAGCCGUGGUUGGUGGCUCCAUGGGAGGUAUGCUCGUGCUUGAGUUUGCCUACUUUGGCAAGGACUAUGUGCGCUGCAUCGUGCCCAUUGCGACAUCGGCUCAGUACAGUGCUUGGGGUAUCAGCUGGGGUGAGGCUCAGAGACAGAGUAUCUACAGCGACCCCAAGUACGACGACGGCUACUACGCCUUCGAGGACCCGCCAUCUACCGGUCUCUCUGCCGCCCGCAUGUCAGCACUCCUGACCUACCGCAGUCGCGACUCGUUCGAAUCUAGAUUCGGUCGCAACACUCCCGACCCUUCUCGCAGACAAAACAUCAAUGGCUCGUUCCGCCCCUCGACCCCUGGAACCGACCACUUCGCCAUCCACAAUGAAGGUCACAAGAACGCCGGCUCUCCUCGCUACAGCCGUACAAACAGCUCCGCCGACAUGUCCACCUCGAUCGACUCCCUUCCUCUAUCCAACACCCCUCCCCAAACAUUCGUAGAUCCUCAAUUCUCUGGCACCACACCCCUGCCCACCAAUGCUGCUCCAUCCAGCAUGAGACUAAAGCGCACACCCACCUACUUCUCCGCCCAAUCCUACCUCCGCUACCAAGGCGAAAAAUUCAUAAAGCGCUUCGACGCAAACUGCUACAUUGCCAUCACCCGCAAACUCGACACCCACGAUGUAUCUCGCGGCCGUCUCCCUCCAGACACUACAACCACAACUCCUGUCGCUGACGCUCUGGCUCUGAUCGAACAACCUACACUGGUCUUGGGCAUUCAAUCCGAUGGCUUAUUCACCUAUGCCGAGCAAAAAGAGCUCGCCGCCGCUAUUCCAAACUCUGUGCUCAAAAACAUCGACAGUCCCGAAGGCCACGAUGCCUUUUUGCUAGAGUUCAAACAGGUCAAUCGCUUUGUGUUGGAUUUCUUGCAUGAGGUUUUGCCUGACGUCAUGGCCAGAGAGCCUGUAGCGUUUGUCAGUCACGAUGGCUCUCAGGAUGAGCCCAAAACGUCGACGUUUGGUGAAGCUGAGGUCGCUGACAUUACUGCUUGGUAAUCCAGCAGGAUCUUGUGUGUAUGCAGGUAGACGGAGAAGGAAGGAUAGGAAGGCGCAAAAUCUUGAUUCAACCCCCCCUUUAUGUGAUAGACGACUUUUUUUCAUGACCAACAAUAUUUCAACAUGGUUUGGGAGCUUUUGGAGCGAUAUGUAGUAUAUAUACAAAAACACACUGGCAACAGUAAUCUCUCUUCAAG